AUGAAUGCAAGACUCAGCGUAAUCUCCGAAAUAUCUGAAGCAAGAGAUCUUAAUCUUAAUUAACUUUAGCUUGGGUAGCUUACCUUUCAUAGGGUUAGCUGCCUAAGAAACAGUUUCUAGCUCCACAAGUCUUCUCAAGACGCUAAGGCGGCUGCAUCUCUAUGAGUCCCCAAAUGUUCGUGCCUAGAAGCAAGAGAAAUCAGCAAUCCUCCUUCACGGUCAAAUACUUUGAAUGGAGCUUUAUUGCACAAAGACGGAAAAUUUCCAGAUUUUUUCAGAUCAGCUAUGAGUGAUUCGCUAGGCUUACCAAUAAAGAAGUUUGAUAGUGGACUGGACACCAGUGUAAUGGAAUCAUUUUGUUCAUCCAUCGUUCCACGAACAAACAAAUAUAUUAAAAUAUCCUAAUUUUUGGGACAUAAAUAAUUCUUGAAGAUCCAUUUAAUAGACUAUCCUGAAAUACCAUAAUGGUAUUUUCUAAAAAUUUUUUGUACCAUUAAAAUGACUGGUAUUUUCUGGACUUUAAUUAGUAUAUUCCAUAUGAAAAUUAUAUAAUAAAAAUUAAGAAUUUGUAUUUUAAAACAUAAUUUUUAUGAAAUAAUUUAGCGUUUCCCUUUUAAAUUAUUACAGAUUUUGAAAAUAAUCAAAUAAUACUAGAUUUAAUAUACACUACCUUUCUGUUAGUGAACUAAAAAAUCUUGUUUGCUAUCUGAGGACUGAUUCAGAUAUUUCUCAAAGACCAGAAACAGAUUUAGACAAAUUAAUUAACUCAAAAAUCAUCCCAAGAGGAAAGUGCUCGUGUGCUUGUGCUAUUUACUAA